UUCAAGAGAAGAGAAAGUCUCCUUUUCUCCAUUUUGCGCGAUCCUUGGAAGGUGAUUAUUAUUAGCGGAUAGCCCAUUUCUUUCGGCUCAGCGAAAACAAGCCUAACUCGAUCUUCGUCAGCACCAAUUCCUUCAAUUUGAACAGGGUUAAUUUGAAUCGCCCCCAUGAGCUGGCAGCGUUGUGCGAUCCUAUCUCUGUUGGAGACAGCCGCAAUACAGCACCGGAAGAUCGUAUAUCCAAGCAAUAUCUUCAUUCUAUUCAUCCUUCUCUUUUUAUCGCAAUACUUAGCCGUGUUUCUCUACAAUAUUUUCAUCUACCCAUUCUACAGCUCUCCAUUGCGGCAUCUCCCUGGUCCAAAAGACGGAAACUUCUUCUUUGGUCAAACUCUCAAGUUCCUCAAAGCCGAAGGACCCAAUGAUGUGGUCCUAACGUAUAUGCGACAAUUCCCAGAUGCUCCGCUAAUCCGCUACCUGCACCUUGGGAAUACAGAGUGGUUAUUAGUAAAUAGUGUCCGCGCUUGCAAAGAGUUGGUGCAGACGAAAUGCUAUUCUUUCGAGAAACCGGAAUACUUUCGACGGAUUGUGGGAGAGAUUGUUGGCAUCGGGCUGGUGAACGCGGAAGGGGAGGAACACCGCAGGCAGAGGAAGUUGUUGGCCGGUCCAUUCUCCGUGUCGAACAUCAAGAAGCUCGUUCCACUCUUCAACGACAAAUCCCGUGAUUUGUCUAGGCGGAUCGAGGAGCAGGUGCAGGAACAUCCAAAUGCUCCUAUUGAAGUCAACCAAAACUUCGCUAAAACGACUUUAGACAUCAUUGGUACUGCUGCUUUAGGUGUUGAGCUGUGUUCGCUCUCGACAUCUGGAUCAACAUUCUCGAAUUUGUAUGCGCAAAUCUUAGACCAGCCUCCAAUAGGCCAGCUUAUUUCCGCCAUUAACAUGUUUGUUCCUAUUCGGAACUGGGUUCCCUUGAAAGCGAAUCGAGAUUUCCAGCGCGCCAACGGCGAAGUUCGACGACUACUGAGAGAAACGAUUCGAAAGAGGAAAAAAGCCAUUUUUGGGGAAAGAAAGGGGAAGACUGAAGUCAGGAAGGAGUUCACGGAGGAAGGCAGCAAGGAUCUUCUGACUUUCAUGAUCUAUGAGAAGAGUGAAGGGGCGAACAAAUGGAGCGAAGACGAUAUUUUAGGCCAUCUUCUAAACUUCAUGGCAGCCGGUCAUGAAACUACUGCAGGCGCUUUAACUUGGUUGAUCCUUGCGCUCUGCCUUCAUCCAAACAUUCAAUCUCGCCUCCGUGAAGAAGUCAAAGCACAAAUUCCACAUUCUAAUCCACCCUCCUUUACCGAGCUUGAAAACCUAUCCUACAUGAACAACGUUCUCAAAGAAGCGCUACGCUGCUAUUCACCAUCCACACUCAUUCCGCGGACGCCGUCGCACACUAUCACGUUCUGCGACACCGUGAUCCCAGUCGGUACAACGAUACUGCUGAACCCCUCCGUCUUACAUCUUAAUCCGGAUAUCUGGGGCUCGGAUGCAGAAUCGUUUAAUCCAGACCGGCAUGCAUCUGAGUAUAUAAACGAGAAUGAGCAGAAGAGUAUUAGAGACCCCUUUGCACUGGAGGCGUUCUCAAAUGGACCAAGGAUUUGCAUCGGCAGGAUGUUUGCGAUGUUGGAGAUGAAGAGUGUGUUGGUGGAGCUGUUGCGGAAGUUUGAGAUGAAGAGGGGAUGGGGUAAAAAUGGAGAGAGACUCAGGGAGGGGGAAGAAUAUGAAGGGGUAGGAGAUGAAGAUGAAGGAUUGAUGGGCGGUGUUAAGCUUCAGAAUUUCAUCACCUUGAGAUCUAAAGAUGGGGUGUGGGUGAAGUUUAGGAUUCUUGAAGCUUGA